CAAAAUUACGUACGAAUUCGGGUGCUCUGUUGCACCGUUUAACAAAGUUUUCACAUUAAACUUCUUUUUUUUGUUUAAAUUUGCAACUUAUUCGGCUUAGACAGAAAACAACACAAAGAUUUGUUUAUUUAUUAUCAAGCUAGACGAAUACAAGUUUACCUUUGCAAUCCAAUGGAGUAACCAGAGUCCUGCAGACAAAAUUUAAUCAACUAGCAUUUACAUAUACGAACUUGGCCGGCCAAUCGUCGCGUCGCUCGGCGGUGGUUUGGUGGAUAGUCAGAGCUGUUUACAUCAUGAGCAUUACAAAUGAGGACAAUCUUCAACUGACAUUUUUCAAUCAAUUAAAACCAACGCAAGAGUAGAAUUCUUCGUAGAGAAGCGCGCCUGUUGCACACGUGGAGCACGGGACAGGCAGCACCGACGACUUUUUAUUCGACUGUAGUAAAUCUUCACUAUCAACUACUUAAUAUCAAAAUCAGUCGAUACAAAGAAUAAUAUUCUUUGAACCACACCACAUUAAAUUAAUCCACAAAACCAAGUACAAACAAAAUGACAGACUACAGUGAUCUCGAUCGACAGAUAGAACAACUAAAACGAUGUGAAAUAAUAAAGGAAAAUGAAGUUAAAGCGCUGUGUGCUAAAGCUCGUGAAAUCCUUGUCGAAGAAGGCAAUGUCCAGCGUGUGGAUUCUCCUGUAACAGUUUGUGGUGACAUACACGGUCAGUUCUAUGAUUUGAAAGAACUCUUCAAAGUCGGUGGUGAUGUGCCUGAAACAAAUUACUUAUUUAUGGGAGAUUUUGUCGAUCGUGGUUAUUACAGUGUAGAAACAUUUCUGCUUUUAUUGGCAUUAAAAGUACGCUAUCCAGACCGAAUCACAUUAAUUCGAGGCAAUCAUGAAUCUAGACAAAUUACUCAAGUUUAUGGAUUCUAUGAUGAAUGCCUGCGAAAAUAUGGAUCAACAGCUGUUUGGCGAUACUGUACCGAAAUUUUUGACUAUUUAAGUCUUUCAGCGAUAAUAGAUGGAAAAAUAUUUUGUGUCCAUGGUGGACUUAGUCCUUCAAUUCAGUAUUUAGAUCAGAUUCGUACGAUAGAUCGUAAACAAGAAGUGCCGCACGAUGGUCCUAUGUGUGACUUAUUGUGGAGUGAUCCUGAGGAUCAGACGGGAUGGGGUGUAUCGCCACGUGGUGCGGGUUAUCUAUUUGGAUCGGAUGUUGUGUCUCAAUUUAAUCGAACCAAUGACAUUGAUAUGAUAUGCCGAGCACAUCAAUUGGUUAUGGAGGGAUUUAAGUGGCAUUUCAAUGAGACUGUAUUAACGGUUUGGUCAGCGCCAAAUUACUGUUAUAGAUGUGGAAACGUGGCAGCAAUUCUAGAACUGAACGAAUUUCUUCACAGAGACUUUAUCAUAUUCGAAGCGGCCCCACAAGAAAGUCGAGGUAUUCCAUCGAAAAAACCGCAAGCGGAUUAUUUCUUGUAAGAGGCAAACUAUCCGAUUUUCUAUCCAUACCAGACGAGUUCUGUGGAACUUAUGAUGAAGAAAACCAUCACGGGCAGUUUCUUUAUUCAUUUUGCACUUCUAGCCGGAUCUACAAAACCAAGAAAUAUAUUUUUUUGGAAUCUAUAGAACAAAGUCCUUGCUGAUACUGCCAAGCAUUUUUAAAACAAAACUCUCAUUGUAAAUAAGAAUCUUGCUCUGCAAUGAUUCUUGAAAAAAAAAAAUAGAGACGAACAAAAUAUUACAACAAAAAAUUAACAUAAAACCAAAAACAGAUACAAGAGUGUAAAAUGUUGAAAAAGAAAGAAAAUAUAACAAAAACCAAUACAGAUUAAAGUUUUAUUUAUAAAUAACUAAGGGAGCCUAAAGUAUCCUUUCAAAUAGUUUUUAACUGUCCACUUUAUGUAUUUUUUUUUAAAUAAAAUAAGAUUUCUUAUAUUUAAGUUCCUUUUUUAUACAUUUCUGUUUAGUUUUUGCCUCUUCAUGAGACCAAGCUAUCCUCGUCAGAUUAACUUUUAACAAAAACAAAAUUUGAUUUCUCAUUUACUACAAGAUUAUAGUUUUAUAUUAGACAAAACAAAAAUACAAAAAUUAAAUCGAAAAUAAAUACAAAAAGAAUAAUAAAAGAAA